GUGAUUCAUCAGGACGAAUACGCGCACCUCGGAUGAGGUGAGUGGUUACAUGGAGCAAAGAUGGACAAAGAAGACGCAGGACCCACCCUCAAACGGCCACCGACGCAGAAGGUUGUUUUAAAGAAUUUUGACCAGCAAGUUGCCGGCCCUUCAUUUAUCCAACCGGAGACUAUAAAUAUUGUCAACGCCAUUAAACAAUUCAGAUCUCGCGCUGAUGGAGAAUUCAAUAGAUUAAAGUUUAUGUGCGUUGAUUGGAACGGAGUUUUGACCGAAGAAUCAGAUACACUUCCACAGUCAGUGGUGGACUCAAUACGAGCAGUUGUGGAGAAAUGCCAGCUUGUCUUGCAGUACAAACUGACCUUCUUCUUGACUAUGUUGGACCACACAGAAAGCACCUCAGGCGAGAUCGGGCUAAUCGGGGUUCCUGUGAUAAAUCCCAGUGAUCUAGAAGCAUACUGGACCCUGAUUGUCGAGGAAAUCGCCAAAAUUGAUGCAUUGUUUGAUAGCUUGUGCAAAUGGCGUGACGAAUGGCACUGGGAUCCAGCACAUUGUCCCAUCACACCUCCACAAUCUGUGGUAACUCGGACAUUUCGAAAUAGAAAAGUGGUCUCGACUCCGAAACGAAUGGGCGUUCCUAUGGCUUCAAAUUCGCCUGUGAAAAAGAUACCGCUUCAAUUGGCUUCUGGCACGACCUCUAGGACUAUCCCCAGAGCAGCUUCGGAGAAGGAACAACUUGCCAACCCAAGGUCUGCCGAAAAACCCGUUGCCAAAAGAACAGCCACUACACAGGACACUGAUCGUUCACGUGAAAGUUUGCUUGAGGUCAUCAUCCCACUGGGACUCCUUCCAGUGACUCCUUCCAGCGCUGCUCCACCACAGCCCCGGCUGUUGCACGGCAAGUAAACCAGCUAUCAGGUAUGUGUCCACCGGCAGUAGGGUGCAUGUUGAUGU